AUGCAAAAGAACAACAAGCGAAUAGAAAACAAUCAACAAAAAAAUUCCACUUCCCAUAUAUUGAAAGUAACAAAUCGUGGGAAAAUCGCAACUGCAAAACGAAAACAUUCAAAAGAAAAAGGAAAACUCCAAGACGUCCUUAACAACUACAACAAAGGCAACACUAAUUCAACAAGGCACUGGCGACAAAAUGAAUUAACAACACCAAAUCGCAAAACGACAAAAACAAAAUCUAUGCAAAUAACGACUCAUAGCACAAAACGUAAUCAGGACCUACCCACCGAAAUUUACAAUGCUGAAAUUGACGAUACCGAAAUCAACGACACCGAACGCGACGAUAUCUGA